UCUAUUGAUACUUGAAUAAUUAAUUAAAUAUAAGGUAAAAUGUAAUGUGAAUAUAAGGAUGGGAUGUAUACAAUAGACCAGGGGUCACCAAAUGACGGCCCGCGGGCCGCAUCCGGCCCGCGAAUGCAUUUUAACCGGCCCGCAGACUGAGAAAAAAUCCAAUAAUUUAAUACGUAUUUAUUAUCAAGCGAGACUGUUGCAGUUGAAAUGUUGCAGGUAAUUUCUUAUCUUUGUACAUUAUUACUGCAUUAUUAGGUUUUUUCGGAUGCAACAAAUAUUAUACUAGCUGUGAAAAAUAUCUUAUCUGUUUUAUUAUUUAUUUGAAAUUUUAUUACGACAAGUCGACAACUCGUUAAGUCACAUAUAUUAAUAUACGUACAACACAUCAGUCCGUCAGUUAUCGGUGAGACGGUGGUGUCCGCUGUGACGUAAUUUUUGUUCGUCCGUUCCGUUUUAUUUAUUAAUUUUCGUAAUUAAAUAAUAUAUUAUUCUUUGUUUUAACUUGACUAUGGAUAGAAAAAGAAGAAAAAUAGAAAAUGAAAAUAGACAGUUUUGUCCUGAAUGGAUGGACUUAUAUUGUUUUAUUUUACCAGAUAGAGUAGGUGCCUUACCUGUUUGUUUGAUUUGUAAUCAAACAGUGGCUGUUAUGAAAGUAUUUAAUAUCAAACGUCAUUAUGAGACACACAAGUCAUUUGCCGAAAAAUUCCCAUUGGGUACUGGCCUUCGUAAAACAAAAAUUGAAAAUCUAAAAAUGAAAUAUAAAUCGACAACUCAAAUUUUGAGCCAAGCUAUGACUGAACAACAGAAAUGUGCACAGGCAUCUUUACAAAUUUCGUGGAUACUCGGUAAACAUAUGAAGCCAUUUACAGAUGCUGAUAUUGUUAAAGAAUGUAUGCUUCAAUCUGUAAAUGUUCUGUUUGGAAAUAAAAAGGAAAUUGUCGAAACUUUUCGUCAUAUCCCAAUAUCAGCAUCCACUAACACAAGAAAUACUGAAGUACUGGCCAAAAAUAAUCACAAUCAGUUGAAACAAGAUCUAUCUACUGCUGAUUUUUAUUCUAUAGCCUUGGAUGAAUCAAGUGAUAUAACAGAUACAUCUCAGCUAAUAAUUCACGUGAGAUACUUGAGCAAUAUCAGUGGGACAUUUUACGAAGAGUUAUUGACACUUUUGCCGUUAUCAGGGACCAGCAAAGGAAAUGAUUUGUACAAUGCUGUAGUAUUGUAUUUUGAAACAGAAAAUUUAAAUUUAAAUAAAAUUAUUUCUGUUACAACCGACGGUGCACCAGCGAUGAUUGGCGCUCAUCAAGGCUUUGUUCAAAGAUUAAGAAAUUACCCUAAAUGCAACUCUGAUCUUUUAUCGUACCAUUGUAUCAUUCAUCAAAGCGUCCUUUGCUGCAAACUGGAUCCGUGUUUGGAAAAAAUUAUGAAAACAGUAAUGAGUAUUGUUAAUUUUAUACGUGCAAAAUCUUCACUCCAGCACAGACUAUUUAAGGCACUUCUUCAAGAAAAUGAUACUCAGUUUGACGAUUUAUUACUUCAUAAUAGUGUGAGAUGGCUGAGCAAAGGAAAUGUUUUGCAAAGGUUUUUUAACUUACUGAAUGAAAUUGAACUAUUUUUAAUUCAGAGUACAUAUUUGUCUGCCAAAGACUAUCACGAAUUUAUCAGUGAUAACAGUAACAUAGCAACUAUUGCGUUUUUGACAGAUAUAUUUCAACACAUAAAUUCGUUCAACUUGAAACUUCAAGCCUGAUGGUGAAUGGAUUAACGAAGCAGAAAACGUUUUCAAAUGCAACAGAGCACAUCUUCAAAUGGAAAUAAUUAAAUUUCAAUCAGAU